UACCCGCAUGUUAUAGAAGCAUGCAACGUAUCCAACAACACCUGCGUGUUUGACUACCGAAACACCCCUCUUUCUGCGCGGCGCUUCAUAAAACGCGACAGUUCCUCAUUGUGUUCGUAUGGUGAAGGGUCGUUCCUGCUCUCUCGAACAAAUCAUUUCAUUAUUAAUUUCUAAAAUAUUUCAUUAAUUCAAAAAUUGUCAUUAAAUGUAAGUGCAAUUUUUUAAUCCGAGUUAUUCAAAUUAUUUACAAAUUGACACAAUUUUCAAAAUGGAGAGGAUCUAACGCGCGGUUUUAGUUUUUUCGAUCAUGUGACCGUAAAAUAUCGAAUAUCGAUGUUGAUCGAUAAGCUGAAGAAUAUUUGAAAUUAAUUUUCAUUCUACAGCAUGACAUCGCUAUGUGAUGCUCACGAUUAUUAUAAAAAAAUGCUCGAAUUGCAAAGUAAAUUGCGUAAAAGCGAAGAGGAAAGGAUACGAUUGGAAGAACGUUUUAAUUUAUUGGUACAAGAAUCUCGUAACAGACGAGAUACUUGUAUAAGCCGAUUGCGAAUGAAGUAUAUAGAAUUUUUAGAAGAACAAAGAAUAAGGGAUGAAAGAAACCACAAACUUCUUGGCGCAUUGGAUAGGGUCGACAAUAGUCUCUCAUUAAUGACCGCAAAAACGGAAAAACUUCAUCUUUUCAGAAAACAGUACGAAACAUAUUUAUUGCGUAAUUACGCGAAUCGUCCAAAUCCAGGUAGCAUAACUGGCGACAGUGGAGUCACAAGUCAUAUCGAUGAAGGAUAUUCGAAGAAAUCUAUCGUGCAAUCUAAUCACCAAGUAAAUCCAAACAUUCAUUUUUCUACUAUUCAAUUGAAUACAAAAAUGAGAGAUAAUCCAUCGAGAAGCGAACAAUUGUUGCAUGUACAAAGUUCACCGCGAACGAGAAUCGUUUCAUCCUCUAAUACUUUAUAUCACAAGAUAAAUGUUCCUCAUAGAAGUUCUGAGUACGAAAGAAAUGCUAAUUCACCGAGAGAUGUUAAAAAUAUAAAUCAACGUUUGCAAUUGCCGCAAAUGUUAUCUCAGAUUAAUCAACCGGAUCAAUCGUCGUUGAAUCUUGAAAAUAAUGACUACUUUCAAGCUCAGUAUUUGCCUGCAUCGAUUUUAGAAAACGUGGCCUUGAAUCGAUCACUUAUUUCGCAAUAUAAUAAAUUAUCAACAAGCCAUAUGGAACCAAACCAAAAUGUUACACGUCUUGCUGUUAACGAAGCUUCGAUUAAUGAGAACAUUUUACAUCGUAAUUCAAUGAACGUUCCGCUAAAUCAAAUCCCGUCGACGUUUACUCAACAUCGAUCUAAUUUACCAAUGACACAGCACACGUUAUACCGUGAUACCGAUUUAAAUAAAAAUAUUCCAAGAUCGGCGAAUUUUCGUAACAUAGCAUCAAUCUCUAGUUUGGGAUCGGUGCCAAGAAAGAUUCUAAAAGCUGAUUCACCUCGUAGAAUGCCGAUAGAAGUGUCUCCAAGAUCUUUCAAACAAAUUGAUUAUUUCUCGACCUAUAAACCAACGGGAUAUUCCUACGAUAAUUUAAAAUCUAAAGACAUUCCAACGGAAUAUUUACCACGAGAUAAUUCACUUUAUCGUAAUGUUCCAAACUUAAGUAAUAUAAGUUUGGGAAGAAAAAUGCAUGGAUUAUCGAAUAUUCCAAAAAAGAAUUCGGAUUUGGAUGAAGAGAUCAGGACUACGAGAAAAUUGGAAAACGAGUUGGAUAGAUACAUCGAUAAAAUUCAUAAUCUUCAUCGAGAAUUGGAUGUACAAAGUUUGGAUGAACAUGAUUACGAACAGAAUACAAGCGGUGAUCUUCUUAAUAUUACGCUUUCCGAUGAUGGAAUAGAUUAUCCUACGGAUAAAGUUAAAGAUGAACGUGCGUCUCAAGAAGUUGCGAAGGUUCUAGCUUUGGCUGAUGAACUUGCAUCUAAAAAGCCUAUUGUUAAAGAAAUAGAAUUAUCUCCCGAUGAUAAAGAUAAAGAAAUUAAUGGAGCUGUACCUAAAAAUGAUAGAAAUACAAAUCUUAAUUCUGAAACGAGAUACGACGUACUUUCCGAUCAGACAUUAGAAACAUCUGCACAGUUGGAAAAAGAUGAUAUUAAUAAUGAUGUUGCAUCGCAUGAUCUAGAAUUAGAACAAGUAGACCAAAAUAUUCAAGGCCUUGAGAAUGAGAACUGGAAUAACACGAAAGUUAAAAAUACACGAGAUCCAAAUGAAAACGAGAAAACGAUUCUACAAAACAGUGCAGAUAUAAAAGUUGAAAAUAGUAAAACUGUAGUAAAAGGUCAAAAGGAAGACAAUGCAUUGCAGAAAGGAGAGGAAUUAGAAAUUUUAGAACAAUUUGUUAACGCUGAAUACUUGAAUCCUUGGGAAAUUCAAAGUAUGACUAAACAAAUUCUAGAAAUACAAUUAGAUGACACAAAUAAAAAUGAUAAUGAUAAUGAAACGGUGAUCGUUACUGAAGAUGAUCACGAAAAACAAAUUACAGAAACAUUAGUAAUUGAAGAGAAUGAAACAGCGCAACCUGAAAACAUAAUCGUCGAAGAAAUCGAUCCAAUUGAACAGCAGGAUAUGAAUAAAGUCUCAGAGAUAAUUAUGAAUAGCGAAGAUUUUCAUGAAAACAACAAAAUACAGGAAGAAAUUGAAGAUAUUCCAGUUAAAAACGAUUAUCUUGAAUAUUCGAAGCAGCCUUACGAAGGUGAGAUAGCCGACACUAAAAUAGAAGUCAUUGAAGAAGAAAAUAAUCAAAUAAUUGAUGAUAAUCAGCAAGAACAAUUGCAACAACAGAAUACAUCAGACGAGUAUUAUGCUUCGGGUGAACAAAAUAUUCAAGAAUUCGAUCAAGAAGUCACAUACAAAUCCGAGGUAAAUGAAGAAUUCAUAGAUCCAAAUCAACAGUAUAAUUACGAUCAAAAUGCGUUAGAUGAAGAUAAUAUUAAUCAAGAGUAUGAGUCACCGAUUACUUAUCAAAAUGUCAACCCAGAAUAUGAAUCAUCUAUCGCAGAUGAAAAUGCGAUAAAGACACAAGAGGAAUAUCAGGAACAGUAUGAAGAAUAUCAAGGACAAGAAUCUGGGCAAGAAUAUGUAGAAGAGAAUCCAGAAUAUCGCGAGGACAAUGUGUACGAUGAAAAUUAUGAUAAUAAUCAAAUAAAUGAUAAUGUAACGAAUGAAGAAUACUUGGAGGAACAGUACACUACUGUGCAAACUGUUCAGGAUCCUAUUAAUACAGAAACUAAUUACAACGUUGAUAAUACAGAAGCUCAAGAUGUAAUAGACAAUGUAGAAAAUAAUGAAGUAGAAAAAGAAUCAAUAGAUCAAAGUAAUGUUGUUAGUGAUCAUGAUCAAAAAUCUAUACCCGUAGAACAAACAAAUCAAUCAAAGAAAAAGAAAGACUUCAUUAAUUCUUUAUUGGAUUCUGAUACGGAAAGUACGAUUGAAAGAAACGUUUCGAAUACGGAAAGUGAUUUUGAUUUUCAGUAAAGUUUGCUUAAAUGAUAGCGCGACUAAAGUUCUAAAGAUAUAAAACCAUAGAAUAGAUCAUGUAUUUAUAUACGAUUAGUAUAAUAUAUUUAAUCAUUGACUGAGAAUAUAACAGAAAUAAAAUUUUG